AUGCCCAGUGCCAUGCAGGGACCCCCAAGACACCGGGAAGGCUCUGGGUGGAAGAUGAACGGCACAGACAUUGAGGUGGAGCCAGACUCCCGUUACAGGCUGGUUGCAGGGGACCUGGUGAUCAGCAACCCCAUGAAAGCCAAGGAUGCUGGAUCCUACCAGUGCCUGGCAUCCAACUCCAGGGGCACCGUGGUCAGCAGGGAGGCCUCCCUCCGCUUUGGCUUUUUGCAGGAAUUCUCAGCGGAGGAGCGGGACCCCGUGAGGAUCACCGAGGGCUGGGGGGUGAUGUUUGCCUGCAGCCCUCCCCCCCACUACCCAGGUUUAUCCUAUCGGUGGCUCCUGAACGAGUUCCCCAAUUUCAUCCCGGCCGACGGGAGACGUUUCGUCUCCCAGACCACGGGAAACCUCUACAUUGCCAAGACAGAGGCCUCUGACCUGGGCAACUACUCCUGCUUUGCCACCAGCCACAUCGACUUCAUCACCAAGAGCGUCUUCAGCAAGUUCUCCCGGCUCAGCCUGGCGGCAGAGGAUGCCCGGCAGUUCGCCCCCAGCAUCAAGGCCAGGUUCCCUGCAGACACCUACGCCCUGGCAGGGCAGGCGGUGACUCUGGAGUGCUUUGCCUUUGGGAACCCUGUCCCCCAGAUAAAGUGGAGGAAGCUGGAUGGCUCCCAGUCCUCCAAGUGGAUCGGCAGCGAGCCCCUCCUGCAGAUCCAGGAUGUUGGCUUCGAGGACGAGGGCACCUACGAGUGCGAGGCUGAGAACAUCAAAGGCAGAGACACCCACCAGGGCCGGAUCAUCAUCCAAGCCCAGCCCGAGUGGCUGAAGGUCAUCUCGGACACGGAGGCCGACAUCGGGUCCGACCUGCGCUGGAGCUGCGCGGCCGCCGGCAAACCCCGGCCCACGGUCAGGUGGCUCCGGGACGGGCAGCCCCUGAGCUCCCAGAACCGCAUCGAAGUGAGCGGUGGAGAGCUGAGAUUUUCCAAGCUAGUCCUGGAGGACUCUGGCAUGUAUCAGUGUGUGGCUGAGAACAAGCAUGGCACAGUUUAUGCAAGUGCUGAAUUAACAGUGCAAGCCUUAGCACCAGAUUUUAGACUAAGCCCAGUGAAGCGGCUGAUCCCGGCAGCCCGGAGUGGGAAGGUCAUCAUCCCCUGCCAGCCACGAGCAGCACCCAAAGCCACUGUGCUCUGGACCAAGGGGACUGAGCUUCUGGUCAACAGCAGCAGGGUGACUAUUACUGCAGAUGGCACCUUGAUCCUCCAGAACAUCAGCAAAUCUGAUGAGGGAAAAUACACCUGCUUUGCUGAGAAUUUCAUGGGCAAAGCCAACAGCACUGGGAUCCUCUCUGUUCGAGAUGCCACCAAGAUCACCCUGGCCCCAUCCAGCGCUGACAUCAACGUGGGGGAGAACCUCACCCUGCAGUGCCACGCGUCCCACGACCCCACCAUGGACCUCACCUUCACCUGGGCCCUGGACGAUUUCCCCAUCGACUUCGACAAGUCCGAGGGGCACUACCGGCGAGCCAGCGUGAAGGAAGCCAUCGGGGACCUGAGCAUCUCCAACGCACAGCUGAGGCACUCGGGGCGUUACACGUGCACGGCCCAGACCGUGGUGGACAGCGCCUCGGAGUCGGCCACGCUCACCGUCAGGGGGCCUCCAGGCCCCCCCGGGGGGGUGGUGGUGAGAGACAUCAGUGACACCAGCGUCCAGCUGAGCUGGAGCCGUGGCUUUGACAACCACAGCCCCAUCGCCAGGUACCUCAUCGAGGCCAGGACCCUCCUCUCCAGCAAGUGGAAGCAGAUGAGGACCAAUCCUGUAAACAUUGAAGGCAAUGCAGAGACAGCCCAGGUGGUGAACCUCAUCCCUUGGAUGGAUUACGAGUUCCGGGUCCUGGCCAGUAACAUCCUGGGAGUGGGGGAGCCGAGUUUGCCCUCCAGCAAAAUCCGCACCAAGGAAGCAGCACCCACUGUGGCACCAUCUGGGCUCGGCGGCGGUGGAGGGGCUCCCAACGAGCUCAUCAUCAACUGGACGGUGAGUGCUGGCUGGGGGCCAAGGGGAGGAGCCCGGGCCAUUCCCUCUGGGAAAUCACUGCUCCAGUUACGAUUCUGUGGAGCCAAACUUGGUCAAAAAAAUCCCCCUGGCUUUGUUGGAAAUGAUAGAACUUCCCUACAUUUUAACCCAUGGCAGCAAGUGCCUGGGUUUGGUUCUGCAGGCUCCUGCUGGUUUGAUCUUUCACCAGCUGUCUGCCCGCAGGGGGAGGGGGCUGCAGGACAGCCCUUUGUCUGGUGCCCAAAACCCAAAGUGGCUCCUUACAGGGUUGUGGCCAAGUCUGUUCUGUCCUCGGAGAUGGAUGUGUCCUGGGAGCCCGUGGAGCAGGGGGAUGUCACAGGAGUGCUCUUGGGCUACGAGAUCCGGUACUGGAAGGAUGGGGACAAGGAGGAGGCAGCUGACAGGGUGAGGACAGCAGGGCUGGUCACAUCUGCCCACGUGACAGGGCUGAACCCCAACACCAACUACCACGUGUCAGUCCGAGCCUACAACCGGGCUGGGACCGGCCCCCCCAGCGCCUCCACCAACGUCACCACCACCAGGCCACCACCAAAAAGGCCACCUGGCAACAUCUCCUGGACUUUCUCUGGCUCCACAGUCACCAUCAAGUGGGACCCGGUGGUGGCGAGGGCGGACGAGUCGGCGGUGACGGGGUACAAGAUGCUCUACAGGCAGGAUUCCCACUCUGCCCCCACCCUGUACCUGGCCAGCAAGAGCCGGAUCGACAUCCCGGUCCCCGAGGAUUUCACCCACGCCUUCGUGCAGAUCCGGGUCACGGGGCCGGGAGGGGACGGGACCCCUGCAGAAGUUCACAUCCUCCGGAACAGUGGGACCAGUAUGAUGGUGGAAGACUCGGGGACGAGGCCCCAGGCUGUGGUGAUCACCACCAACUCCCUGCUCAUGGUGGCCCUGAUCAGCUCCCUGGAGCUCUGACCGAGGACUCGGG